UCCUUCCCUUAGUCUCGCAUCAGCGCACACACCCUCGCUCAUUCUCACAGAACUUUUUUUCACCGUCUCGCUCUUUUAAUGAUUUUGAGAGAGAGGGGAGACGCAUUUGGAGGGUGUCUGAAAUGCAGGAGCUCCACAGAUGCCUGAGACCUGCGGAGAGAUAGGAGACUCACCCUGCUUGGAAAAGAUUGAGAAAACCAAAAAAGAGAAGGACUGCAACAAACGUAUACGCCUCAAUAUUCCCUCAUAACCACUACAGGACGCUGGAGUUUGUGGCGUUAUCAUGGUGACACUAAGAAUUACAUUGACUUUAAGGUUCACCUUACUACUCCUGUACUGGUCAUGCUGUACUGGUUGGCCGGGCCAGGCUCAGCAGUCGUCCCUGCGGGGUUUGCGUCAGGCGGCCCAAACCCGGCAAAACCUCUCUGAGAGCAUGGAGAGCAAAGUGGAACGUCUCGGCCAGGUCUUCCGAAGGAACGUGCGUCUUCUUCGGGAACGGGGAGGCUGUCUGGAUCUGGUCUUCCUCGUGGACGAGUCGUCCAGUGUGGGAGCUUCCAACUUUGGGAGCGAGCUGCGAUUCGUGCGGAAGCUGCUGUCAGAUUUUCCGGUGGCACCGGAGGCAACACGUGUAGCGCUGGUGACAUUUAGUUCCAAGAGUCAUGUGGUUACAAGAGUGGACUAUGUGUCUGCACCCAAAGCCCACCAACACAAGUGCUCGCUCUUCAGCAAAGAGAUCCCCUCCAUCACCUACAGAGGAGGUGGCACCUACACCAGGGGGGCCUUCCAGCGUGCAGCGCAAAUUCUGAGGCAGUCGCGUGAGAACGCCACGAAGGCGAUCUUCCUCAUCACUGACGGUUACUCAAACGGCGGAGACCCGCGGCCGGCGGCGGCGGCGCUGAGGGAGAGAGGCGUGGAGAUUUUCACGCUGGGCAUCUGGCAGGGGAACAUACGCGAGCUACACGACAUGGCCUCGCACCCCAAGGAUCAGCACUGCUACUUAGUGCACAACUUCGCUGAGUUUGAAGCGCUGGCUCGACGCGCCCUUCACGAAGAUCUUCCAACUGGAAGUUAUAUUCAGGAGGAUCUGGCCCAGUGUUCAUCAUUGUGCGAAGAGGGAAAGGACUGUUGUGACAUAAUGGCCAGCUGUAAAUGCGGUACACAUACAGGACAGUACGAUUGUGUGUGUGAGAAAGGAUAUUACGGAAAAGGACUUCAACAUGAGUGCACAGCUUGUCCAUCUGGCACAUAUAAACCUGAAGCAGUUACUGGAGGUGUGAGUACCUGCCUUCCUUGCCCCGGCCCUCAUCACACAUCCAGACCUGAGAGUACAGAUGUAUCAGACUGUGUGUGUAUGGAAGGCUACAGACCACACAACAACAUAUGCCAAGCGGUGGUCUGUCCGGUUCUCUCUCCUCCAGAGAAUGGCUUCUUCAUCCAGAAUGUGUGUAAUAAUCAGUUUAACUCUGCAUGUGGGGUGCGCUGUGUCACAGGCUUUGACCUGCAGGGAGACGGAAUCAGACUCUGUCAGCCAGAUGGGACCUGGUCAGGAGUUCAGCCGAGCUGCAGAGUUCGCUCUUGCCCAGAUCUCUCUCCUACGCGUCGUGGGGUACUGAACUGCAGUGAGCGGACCACCCCCUAUAGGCUGGAGUGUUUGGUGCGCUGUGAACAGGGCUAUAGGCUGCAGGGCAGAGCUAGACUCACCUGUCUGGCCAACUCGCAGUGGAGUGGACCACAGCCCCGGUGUGUCGAGGUGCGCUGUCCUCCGAUUGUUACUUUGAAGCAUAUCAGUUUGUCACCCCCUGCCUGUGGGGAGAAUGAGGUCAGGACCGGAGCGUCGUGUCAGUUAACCUGUCCUCGUGGUUACAGUCUCAUCAGUAACUCUGAAGUCAGAUGUCUGCCUUCUGGAAACUGGAGUGACAAUCUACAUAAAGCAACCUGUAAAGAUAUAGAACCUCCAUGGAUUCAGUGUCCUGGUGAUGUCAUCACAGAGACAGAUGAACAUCAGAGGUCAGCUAACAUCAGUUUGAGUGCACCCAUGCUUGGGGACAAUUCUGGAGAUGAGGUUGUGGUGCAGGUGACCCCUGUUCUAAACCCCAUGCAGCCUUUCCCUGUAGGAACUGAGUUCAUAACAUACACAGCAACCGACCGCACAGGAAACAAGGCCAACUGCUCUUUCACUGUUACUGUAGUUGAUACGGAACCCCCCUUGAUUGACAGGUGUCGAUCUCCACCCACCGUUAAAACCACUGGGAAAAAAACUGCAGUAUACUGGGAAGAACCUCAGUUUUCAGACAAUUCUGGAGCCUAUCUGAAUAGCUCUAGUACUCACUCAUCUGGAGAUGUAUUUCCUGUUGGAGAAACUUUAGUGUACUACACAGCUACAGACCCUUCUGGAAACAACCGUACCUGUGAACUCAUCAUUACCGUACAAGGUUCAACCUGUGAGAAGCCAUUCGUGCCAGUGAAUGGGGAUUUCUCAUGUGCCAAGACAGAGGAAGGAACAAACUGCUCUCUGAUAUGCAGACAGGGUUACAGUCUCACACAUGAUGCCGUGCACAGCUACUUUUGUGCCAAUAAUGGAAUCUGGGAGCCGCCCCGCUCACCAGACAGACCUGAUUGCUCCCUGAACAGAAUUGCAAACAAUGGCUUUAAACCCUUUGAGAUGCUAUUUAAAGCAUCCCACUGUGAUGACCUUGACUUGCUAAAGUCCUUCACGGGGGAGUUUUCAACUGUUCUUAAAGAUAUGGUUCCUAAAAUCUGCGGUGGAGAUAAUGUUACCUGCAAACUGGAAAUGACUUUACCUGGACAGUGUCUGGAGUAUAACUAUGAUUAUCCAAAUGGAUUUGCUAUUGGUGCUGGAGGAUGGGGCAGUAAUUGGGGCUCUCAAAAUGGCCAGGACUACGCAUAUUUUGACACUGGUUUUGCUCCAGAGCACCACUUGCAGCAAGAUGGUUCAUCACAGCAUGGCUAUCACAUGAGGACCAAACGCCAUCGUAAAAUCACUGGCCCUACCAGAGAGCAAAAGAUACAAAUUCAUUUCAACAUCACAGCAAGCAUCCCACUGCCCUUGUCGAGGAAUGACUCAGCGGAAAUAGUCAAUCAAAGACGUUUGCUGAGGGCACUUGAGCAGCUGACCAAUCGGCUUAAGCGGACACUGAGCAAGCAACCGUUCUCUACCUUCCAUGUGUCGUCAGAGAUGAUCGUAGCGGACCCCAAAUCCUUGGAAAGUAAAAAAAAAGCAACGCUGUACUGCCGGCCAGGGUCUGUUCUCAAAGGCAGGGUGUGUGUGCAAUGCCCAGUAGGGACGUAUUUCUCCCUGGAGUAUGGCGAGUGUGAGAGCUGCUGGAGAGGGUCGUAUCAGGAUGAGGAGGGGCAGAUGGAGUGUAAGUCAUGCCCAGAUGGCUUCUCCACUCCGUACCUCCAUUCACGCAGCCUGGCAGAGUGCAAAGCGCAGUGCCAGCCUGGCAGCUCGUCAUUAACCGGGUUGGAGACCUGUGAGUCCUGUCCUUUAGGGGAAUACCAGCCAGAUUUCGGCUCUCGGGCCUGUCUGCCCUGCCCUCCCACCACGACCACUGUCAAUAGAGGGGCUCUAGAUGUCAAAGAGUGCGGUGUACCAUGUUCCGCAGGUCAUUUCUCCCGGACAGGUCUUGUUCCGUGUUACCCAUGUCCCAGAGAUUAUUACCAGCCUGAGGAGGGCCGUUCCUACUGCCUUUCUUGCCCCUUUUAUGGUACCACCACAAUAACAGGGGCCAAGGCUAUCCAGCAGUGCUCCAGCUUUGGCUCUAGUUUCCUGCCUAAAGAGGAAAGUGCAACUGCAGCGCCAGAAGUUGUUGUGAGAAAGGGUUAUCAAGCCAGUAGCCAGAUGUUCCAUGAAUGUCUCCUGAAUCCGUGUCAAAACCAAGGCACUUGUGAGGAAGUCGGCGUUGGAUAUGUAUGCACCUGUCUUCCAGGAUUCACAGGAGCCAAGUGUGAGAGCGACAUUGAUGAAUGUGAUUCUACUCCUUGUCAAAAUGGUGGCUUGUGCAGAGAUGGCAUGGGAGAUUUCCAGUGUCAGUGUCAGCCUGGGUUUGUAGGCUUGAUGUGUGAGGCAGAGGUGAAUGAGUGCAGCUCUUCUCCAUGUUUGAAUGAAGGACUCUGUGUGGAUGAAGUGAAUCACUUUAUAUGUAGCUGUCCAGAUGGAUUCACAGGUCCACGUUGUGAGUUGGAAAUAAAUGAGUGUGCUUCCAGCCCAUGUCAAAACGGAGGUGUCUGUAAAGAUUUGGAGGGUGGGUAUUUCUGUACAUGUCCUCAGGGCUUCACUGGCGACAAUUGUGAGGUUGAUGUUGAUGAGUGCUACAGCGCCCCCUGUCUGAAUAGAGGAACAUGUGUGGAUGCUAUCAAUGAUUUCAGGUGUGAAUGUGUGAAUGGAUACAGAGGCAGACUAUGCCAGGUGGACGUAGACGACUGUGAUCCAAAUUUGUGUUUGAAUGGCGCGACCUGCGUGGAUGGAGUGGCCACUUUCACCUGCCGAUGCCCUCCUGGGUUCAACGGAACCAGGUGUGAGACAGAAAUGCCCUACUCUUUUGAUCUGGAGUUUGAAGUUUCUGGUAUCCAUGGUUAUGUGAUGAUGGAUGGUCACAUGCCAUCACUUACACAGAUCACAUGUACAUUUUGGAUGAGGUCAUCAGACACUGUUAAUUAUGGAACUCCCAUCUCUUACGCUGUAGAGGGAAGUGACAAUGCCUUCCUCCUCAUUGACUAUAAUGGGUGGGUCUUGUACAUUAAUGGCAAGGAGCGGAUCACUGACUGCCCAGCAGUAAAUGAUGGCCUCUGGCACCAUAUUGGUGUAUCAUGGCGCAGCAAGGAUGGUGAUUGGAGAGUUUAUAUCGAUGGGAGCCCUUCAGAUGGAGGGAAAGGACUAUCCGUUUGCACUACCAUACCAGGAGGUGGUGCUCUGGUACUUGGACAGGAUCAGGACCAGAGGGGAGAUGGCUUCAACCCAGUGGAGUCCUUUGUGGGCACUCUUAGCCAGCUUAAUAUAUGGAACUAUGUUUUAACACCACAGCAGAUCAAGUCUCUGGCCACUAGCUGUCCACGUGAUCUGCAGAAAGGGAACGUGUUUGCAUGGCCUGACUUCUUAGGAGGAGUCACGGGCCGAGUAAAGACCAACAGCAAGAGCGUUUUCUGUGCUGACUGCCCCCUGGUGGAUGCUUCUGUUCCUCAACUGCGCUCAUCCACUAAAGCUGUGAGUCCGGGCUCUAAGGUGCAGUUCUCCUGCAGUCCCGGGUUCUAUCUGGUGGGGGAGCCGGUGCAGCAGUGCCUAAACAGAGGCCAGUGGAGCCACGCAGAACCAAUAUGUGAACGUGUGGAAUGUGGUCCUCCGCCUGACCUGGAGCAUGGGCAAUAUCAUGGAGAGGAUUUCUAUGCUGGGAGCACAGUGCUUUAUCAAUGUAAACCAGGGUUCUACUUGCUAGGGGAGAGUAAGAUGUUGUGUACCAACAAUGGUAAAUGGAUUGGCAACCCACCUGCAUGUCUGGAUGUGGAUGAAUGUUCUCUGGGCUCUGAAUGUGAUGAGCAUGCUAGUUGUCAAAACACCGAUGGCUCUCAUAUAUGCACCUGCAUACCUCCUUACAGUGGAGAUGGAAGAAACUGUACAGAGCCGGUAAAAUGUAAAGAUCCAGGUUUUCCUGAGUUUGGGCACCGUGAGGGCAGUAAUUUCAUCAUGGGCAGUGAGGUGUUCUUUUCCUGUAAGGAAGGCUUUGAAUUGAUCGGCUCAUCCCAUCUAUCCUGCACAGAAGACGGAAUUUGGAAAGGAGAUGUCCCAUACUGCAAAGCCCUUUCCUGUGCUCAUCCCACUCUCCCUGAAUAUGGAAUCAUGAAAGGGUCAAACUUCACAUACAGAAGCAAGGUGACUUUCAGUUGUGAGAAGGGCUAUGUCCCUCAGGAGCCAAUAGAAAGCCAGUGUCAAUCUGAUUUGAAGUGGAGCAGAGAGCCCCAUGUUUGUCAGCCUGUUACCUGUGGUGAGCCUCCAGUGGUGGAUUAUGCUGAGUAUACCCUCAACGGGAAAGUGUACCUCUCCACACUAACCUACACCUGCAUAGAAGGAUACAGAUUGCAGGGUGCCAUGGAACUGAAGUGUGAGUCAUCAGGAGAGUGGGCAUCUCCUCCCCCCAUGUGUGCCAGAGUGGACUGUGGCAAACCUCCUCCUUUGAAGGAUGCUGUGAUUAAGGGCGACAACUUUACACUGGGUAGCAGGAUCAUCUAUGUUUGCAAAGAGGGUUACACCCUCCUUGGUGUAGAAACUCAAGAAUGCCUCCCAAGUGGCAACUGGACUCGUAAUUCUGCCCAGUGUGUGCCUCGGUCUUGUGGACCACCACCCCAAGUUGACCAUGCCUUACCUGACACUGGACACCAGCUUUUUGGAGACACUGCUAUCUACUUCUGCGAUGAUGGCUACACUGCUGGUAACAAUACAAAACUGUUCUGCAAUGCCCAAGGUGUUUGGGCACCCCCAGAUGGAUUUGGCAUUCCUCACUGCAUUGCCAACUUCUGUCUGCGUCCUCCGGAUUUACCUCAUGCCAUUCUGGACUCCAUCAACAAACCAAAGUAUGCAAGCAACACAGAGGUCAGCUACAAGUGUGAGGAGGGCUUUGUUCUCAACACAACAGGAACCCUGAAAUGCAUGAUAGGGGGAGAGUGGACACCCUCGCCUUUGGACAUUGGCUGUAUGCCUGUCAGAUGCUCAAAGCCAGACAGUAUUGAGAAGGGUUAUGUAAGUGGGAACAAUUAUAGUUUUGGAGCGGUGAUUGCAUACAGCUGUGAUAAAGGGUAUUUCAUUCGAGGAGAGAAGAGGAGAAUUUGUAAAGCCAACGGUGAGUGGGGAAGUGUCUUGCCCACAUGCCAACCUAUUUCCUGCCCCAGCCCAACUCGCUUGGCAAAUGGUUUUAUCCAGGGCCAAAUAAGAACAAACGGCUACGUAUACAGCAGUAGAGUAACCUAUGCUUGCAAUGAUGGUUAUCGCCUAACUGGAAAGCCUGACCGUAUAUGCAUGGCCAAUAAGCAGUGGUCAAAUAACAAUCCUCCUGUUUGUGUUCUCCUCACCUGCCCUACCCCACCUGAUAUCAAAAAUGGCCGUUAUCACGGCUCCACCUUUGAAGUCGGCAGCAAGGUGGAAUUUACCUGCAACGAAGGAUAUGAACUCAUUGGAGAUUCUGUAUGGACUUGUUUAAAGUUUGGAAAUUGGGACAAGAGCGUAACCCCACGUUGUUCCCCAGUACAGUGCCCCGAACCACCUUUAGAGGAGAAUCACCUUGUACUGCGUGGAUUAGAUUCUGACUCAGGCAUUGUGGAGCUUUCUUGUGAGGAAGGGUAUGUUCUCCAUGGUGCACGAACUCUUCGUUGUACCCCGUCCCAGGAGUGGAAUGACUCUUUUCCAGUCUGCAAACAAAUCUUUUGCGGACCUCCCCCUGAGGUUGCCUUUGGUGACCCAUCUGACGCACUGUCCUACUUUGGUAGUGUGGUGACCUACUCAUGCAUGGAUGGCUUUACACUCCGGAAGGAAGCUUCUGUCCGCUGCCAAGCAGAUGGGAACUGGAGUAAACCUUAUCCCGAAUGCAUUCCUGUUGAAUGCCCGCAUCCUGAGGACAUACCAAAUGGAAUUGUGGAUGUUCAAGGACUAAUGUAUCUUAGUACUGCUGUCUAUAGCUGUAAAGCAGGGUAUGAUUUAGCAGGUAACAGCACUGUGCUUUGUGGUCAAAGUGGACAGUGGAUAGGAGGUGUACCUGUAUGUCACCCUGUUAAGUGUGCUGCACCCAUGGAGAUUCCCAAUGGCUCUGUUAGAUACUUCAAGCUUCAGUUUAGCCAAUCAGUUACAUAUUCCUGCCACAGGGGGUACCGCUUACAGGGCCCAGAAAUGCUUACCUGCCUGGAGAAUGGACAGUGGCACCAGGUGGCUCCUACUUGUGAGCAGAUCUACUGUUCUCCUCCAAAACCAAUUGCGAAUGGCUUUGUAGAAGGACGGGACCGCAAGUUUGGGGUUACUAUCUUCUAUAGCUGCUUUCCAGGUUUCCUACUAGUUGGUAAUAAUCAUCUCACUUGUGAAGAACAUGGCUGGUCAAGCUCUGAGCCCAAAUGUAUGCCUGCUGACUGCGGCCUGCCUCCACAUAUUGAUUUUGGUGACUACUCGAAGGUCAAAGAACCACCAGGAGAAGACAACGCACGUACAAGCCAGCAUUUACCUAUAGACAACAGCUUUUUACAUGGUUCCCUGGUUCAAUAUCAUUGUCAUUCUGGAUAUGAAAUAAAAGGUGACAUUGUGUUGAUGUGCCAAGAAGGUGGCACGUGGAAUGGGACUGCCCCUGUGUGUGCUCCGGCACAGUGUGAGACUCCACCCAGCCCUGAAUAUGGAUCAGUUAUGGUAACAGAUAGCGCACUUGGCAGCCUUGCGGAGUACAGUUGCGAGGAUGGUUACGAACUCAAUGGACAGACCAUUCGACAGUGCAUUUCUGGGAAGCAGUGGAGCGAUGACGCUCCUCGCUGUUUGCCCAUCUCUUGUGGUAAUCCUGGAGGCAUUGCGAAUGGUGAGGUGAUUGGAAAAUCCUUUCACUUCAAGGCACUUAUUCACUAUGACUGCCAUAAAGGGUUUGUCCUUGAGGGUGUUGAAACUAGAACUUGCCAGGUUGAUGGGAAAUGGGACAGCAAAGCUCCAUCUUGUAGAGCAAUCUCCUGUGGGCGCCCUGUUGUAUCAAAGGAUGUUUUAGUAAGAGGAGACGACUAUACAUUUGAAAAGAGGUUGUUGUUCAGCUGCAAUCUCGGCUUCAUCCUACAGGGAGCACCGACCAGUGUUUGUUUAGCCAAUGGCAGUUGGAGUGAGGCUCCUCCAAAGUGCCUCCCAGCCAACUGUGGUCAACCACCGGUAAUUGAAAAUGGCCGAGUAACAGGCACGGAUUAUGGUUACAACGGCAUGGUUAGGUAUGCUUGUGGCAUUGGAUACGUCUUGACAGGAAAUCCAACACUAAUAUGCAGAGCUGAUGGACUAUGGGAUGACCCUCCUCCGCGGUGUGACAUAGUCACUUGUGACCCACCUGAGGACAUUAGCCAUGGUUACCUGAAUGGAUCAAGCUUUAAUUUUGAUGAUGUUGUGGAGUAUAUCUGCUUCCCAGGCUAUGAGAUCGUUGGCAGUCCAGUUUUGCGAUGUGCUGCCGAGGGUGUCUGGCUAGGGCAAGUUCCAGAAUGCCGAUCUUGUGUUUGCAGUCCCCCAAUUCUUAAGUACGGUGCUAUUCUCGGCCGAGAUCACACCUGUGGUGCAAGCAUCUGGUUCCGAUGUGAUGAAGGCUACAAAAUUCUUGGCCCCACAGAGGCCAUAUGCGACAAGGGUGGAGUGUGGAGUCCAGGAGUACCCAUCUGCACCCGAGGGAGAUGUUCCAGCCCUCCUCCAGCUGUGCCUAAUGCUGUCGUACAAGGCAGUGCUGCCUACUCCAUUGACACUGUCACUUACCGGUGUAGGCCAGGGUAUCAUUUGAAAGGUUUUCCCCAUCUGUCCUGUGGAAGGUUGGGUAGAUGGGGAGAGCCAAACCUGAACUGUGAACCUGUUUCUUGUGGAGUGCCUCCUCUUGUCCCAAAUGCAGAGACUGCUGGAGUGGUGUUGACCUAUGGCAGUAAAGCUCAGUAUAGGUGUAAAGAAGGCUUUGAGUUGGCAACAAAGACAGACUCAAUAUCCUGUCAAAGUGAUGGCACCUGGUCCAAGCACAGCGUCAGAUGUCGACCUUCACCCUGCAGCCUGCCUGCUAACCUCACCCAUGUAGUCAUCACAGGCAAGCAGCUCACACCUGUAGGGGGAACAGUCAUUAUCUCCUGUAGACCAGGGUACUAUCUUGAGGGACCUGGAUUAUCUGAGUGUUCAGUCUCUGGCAAAUGGUCUCCACCUUUCUCCUCCAAGUCUUGUGUGCCUGUUAUUUGUGAGAAGCCUCUCCCCAUUAUCAAUGGCUUGGUUGAGGGCAAGAGCUACAAUUAUGGAGAUAUUAUUAGCUAUAGUUGUCUACCAGGUUUUGAACUACAGGGUGAUUCUGUUCAGACAUGUCAAGGUGAUAAAACCUGGAGUGGAACUCAGCCAGUGUGUGCUGCUGUGUCAUGUGGUCCUCCACCAGUGGUUCCCCAUGCAGUUACUGUGUCCAGUGGUCAGACAUACCAAAGUAUUGUGAGUUAUACGUGUCAUCCAGGGCUGAGUUUGAUUGGUUCACAGAACCUCACUUGUCAAGCAGACGGAAAAUGGAGCUUAUCUACACCAUCAUGUGAAUUUCCAGAUGGCUGUGAGAGGAUAACAGACUUAUUGAAUGGAAAGGUGCAGGAGCACAAUCUGUCCAGCGGACGUGCUCUUGAGUUCCACUGUGACAAAGGCUACACACUGCAGGGAGAGUCUAUCAUCAUGUGUGUGGGAAACGGCUCCUGGAGUUCACCUUUCCCUGUCUGUAUACCCAAAUCAUGCCCCCCUCCUCCUGGCUGGACUGGAGGCAGUUUCAACGCUACUCAGACGGUUUUCCUGGUAGGCCAGUCAGUGUCAGUCAGUUGUCCUAAAGGUCAGCGGGUCAAAGGUAACCAGGGAAAAGUUAUCGCCACCUUAACUUGCAGGAGUGAUCAGACCUGGACCCCCAUCAGUGCAGUGUGUGAGAGGGUGUCCUGCGGCCCACCACUGUACGUGGCAAAUGGGGUAGUCCGUGGGGCAGUGUUCCAGUUUGGAGAUGUGGUGUACUCAUGUUACGCAGGCUACACCAUGGAGGGUUCUAGCAGGAGUGUGUGCUUGGAGAAUGGCACUUGGACCCCACCCCCUACCUGCAAAGCUGUCUGUUGGCUCCAAUGUCAGAACGGAGGUGUGUGCCAAAGACCAAACACUUGCUCCUGUCCAGAGGGAUGGAUGGGCCGAUUUUGCGAGGAGCCGAUCUGCAUCCUACCAUGUCUCAAUGGAGGACGCUGUGUAGCUCCAUACCAGUGUGAAUGUCCAACAGGAUGGACAGGCACACGCUGCCAUAAUGCGGUGUGUUCCAUGCCCUGUUUGAAUGGAGGCCGGUGUAUCCGACCUAACAGGUGUCACUGCAGUCAAGGAUGGGGAGGAUAUGACUGCUCUAGAAAAAGAAGAUCUGGAUACUUUCAUUUUUAAUGUGCCACGCUACAAGAGUUGAAGUCUGAAUGUGUUGGAACAAGAUGGCAUAAUGUCAGAGAUUUGUAUACAACACAUUUUCUCUUUCCCUUAGAAAGUCCUAAGUGGUUUUGUAAAUUAAAGCUGUAUUUUUUCAUGUAGAAAUGAAACAGUAUUAAAUAUAUGCUGCUGCUAUAUACAUGAACUUGUACGAUGUGUAAAAAUGUUGAUGUGAUUGUCCAAUGUACAUGUAUAUAAACUGUUCUUUU